GCAAACACUUCUUCGCUUGUAACCAGCUGCUUCCAUACUGUGGAUCCUGAAGCAAAGUUCACUGUCACAGGCAGCAGAGGUCUGUGAGACGGUAGGAGGUUGCUCUCUCCGCUUGAUCGUUUUCUAUUUUUCUCUUUUUUUGCAGGAAUAAAUCUGCAGUCAUGGCUACAGCAAAUUACGGAUACUACAGAGGCACUAUAUUUUUAGCCAUGUUUGUUGGCUACACAUUGUACUACUUUAACAGAAAGACAUUCUCCUUUGUGAUGCCUUCUGUAAUGGAAGAGAUUACGCUGGAUAAGGAUGACCUGGGCACAAUCACCAGCAGUCAGUCUUUGGCCUACGCUAUCAGUAAGUUCAUCAGCGGUGUGCUUUCGGACCAGAUCAGUGCCCGUUGGCUCUUCUCCAUUGGCUUGUUCAUGGUGGGAGGCAUCAACGUGGUCUUCUCCUGGUCCUCCACCGUAGCCGUCUUCUCUGGCCUGUGGUUCCUCAACGGCCUGGGCCAGGGCCUCGGCUGGCCUCCCUGUGGCAGAGUGCUGCGCAAGUGGUUCGAGCCCUCUCAGUUCGGGACAUGGUGGGCAAUUCUCUCCUGCAGCAUGAAUCUGGCUGGCAGCUUGGGCCCAAUCAUCGCCUCAGUGCUGACCCAGAGUUACAGCUGGAGGACGAUCCUGUCGGUCUCUGGAAUGAUUUGUAUGGUGGUCUCCUUUGUCUGCCUGCUGGUCAUCAAGAACGAGCCUAAGGAUGUGGGGCUGCCCAAUAUAGAGGUGGCAGCCAAGAAGAGCAAAGGAGGAUCCUCCAGCAAUGAAAGCACCCUAUCUGAGUUCCUUUUGUCACCCUACCUGUGGCUGCUCUCUGUGUCCUAUCUGGUGGUGUUUGGGGUAAAGACGGCCUGCACUGACUGGGGCCAGCUGUUUCUCAUUCAGGACAAGGGCCAGUCUACACUGAUGGGUAGCUCAUACAUGAGUGCCCUGGAGGUUGGAGGCCUGUUGGGCAGUCUUGCAGCAGGUUACUUCUCUGACAAGGCAGUGGCCAAACAAGGCAUGAGAAGCUAUGGCAAUCCCCGCCAUUUCAUCCUGAUCAUCAUGAUGGCUGGGAUGUUUGUGUCCAUGUACCUAUUCAGAGUCACUGUCACUCCAGACAGUCCGAAGGUGUGGAUAUUAGUCUUGGGUGCUGUCUUUGGUUUCUGCUCCUACGGACCAAUAGCGUUGUUUGGAGUUAUAGCUAAUGAGAGUGCCCCGUCCAACUACUGUGGGACGUCACAUGCCAUUGUAGCCCUGAUGGCCAACAUUGGUGGCUUCCUUUCUGGACUUCCAUUCAGCACAAUUGCCAAGCACCACGGCUGGGAAAUGGCCUUCUGGGUAGCAGAGAUAUUCUGUGGUGCCAUCGCUGUUGGAUUCUUCCUGCUGCGCAACAUUCGAACCAAGAUGGGUCACGUGUCCAAAAAGGCAGACUAAAAUAGAUCAUUGCACCUCAUUCUCAGCUUUCAGAGGAAGCUGAAUAUUUUGAGACAUCAUUGUAUGUUCAUAUUUUUCUUACUUGAUUUUUUUUUUAUACCACAGUAUUUUCUCAGUCAUACAGGGCAUAAGUGUCAACAAAGACGUUGAUCACUUCUUCCUCAAUACAGUUUUGAAAGCUGCUUUUCUACAUACUGUAUACCCAGUCUGUACUAAGUGCAUUAAUAACUCAACAAGUGAAUGUACAUGACCUCACAUGAUGUAAGCCAUGUAUUCUUAGACACUAGAUGGUUUGUUAAACAAAACCACCUGAGAGAUAAUCCUUGGAAAACUGGCAGGCACUUUCAAAAAAUACUUGGCAGGUGAUUGGAUGAACCAUGUGUCUAUCAACUCUGAUAGAUAGAGCUGGAUUACAUGAGAAUCCUCAUAGGAUGUGUGAUCUUGUGAUGUCAUUAUCUCAUAACUCCAGCUGCCUCACAAGGUAAUAUACCAUGAAUGGUGUAAUUAAAAGUGGCGAAAACACUACUGGAGAACUUUUUCUUCCUGAAAGCCAUUUAAAUCUUUUAAUAAAAAAAUGAAUAGAACAAAAGUAGAAACUGGUUUAGAGGUUGGUGUUUCUUUCAGUAUCUUUUGUACAGUAACUUUGUAAUUAUGAAUCAUGAAUGGAAUUAUAAGACUUAUAAGAUGCUCCUCUUUUUUUGGAGAAAGCAGUCCAUGGUUUAAAUAAAUGAUAUCUUGUUA